AGCUCUGAAUGUGUCGCGAUAUAUUAUGACAUAUCUAGGGCGACGUGGUUGUCAGCCUUCUUAUCUUCUUACAUAAGGUGACUAAACACCACGUCCAUUCAACUAAAUGCCUAUACCGACAACGGCCAGCUACCUUAUGGACGGUACAGAAGCGCUAGUCAACUCAAAUAGCCAACUUGAGGCGGACCAGAGGGCCUUACAACUCGCUCUGGAGUAUUCAAUGCUAGGGCUUACGAACGAUGAUGAUAUAAAUGGAUUCGACGAAUUUCGAUUUAAGAAGAGCGUGAACAUGACCGAAUGUGUGGCUGUACCAAGCUCGGAGCAUGUUGCCGAAAUAGUUGGCAGACAAGGUUGUAAAAUCAAAGCGCUGAGAGCGAAGACAAAUACGUACAUCAAGACGCCGGUUCGUGGAGAAGAACCUGUAUUUGUCAUCACCGGGAGAAAGGAAGAUGUUACGAUUGCCAAGCAAGAGAUUCUAUCCGCUGCAAACCAUUUCUCGCAGAUACGUGCCCAAAGAAAGAGCUCCACGCUCAGUUCGGGAGCGUCCUCUCCAACGGGAGGACCUGGUCAGACUACGAUACAAGUUCGAGUUCCCUAUCGUGUGGUCGGCCUCGUCGUCGGUCCUAAAGGGGCAACUAUCAAGCGCAUACAGCAAGCAACGAACACGUACAUUGUGACACCUUCUCGAGACAAGGAACCCAUCUUUGAGGUGACGGGCAGUUUGGAGAACGUCGAGUCUGCCAAGAAAGAAAUCGAAACUCAUAUAGUUUUGAGAACCGGCGGUUUGCUCGACGAUGAUGUUUUCAAAAGUAAUAGCGAUUCUCUCAAUGCGUUCAAUGGCUUUCAGUCAAGCUAUGGGUCAAGUACUCGAAGUGGUCGGGACUUGCAGCGUGCUCUGUCGACGGAUUCAUUCUACCUCAACUCGUCUAAAUUAAACGACUAUAAUCCGCUCACUAGUCCAUUUUCCACGUCCAGUAAUGGAACAAGCAACGGAUACUUCAGUUUCAAUCAUGAUCUUAUACCUUCGCCCACCGAAGAUUUGAUCAUCUCAAGUGGUAGUAGCGGUUUUAACUCUAGCCCCACUCCUCCAUCACCAUCUAUUUGGAGUACUGAUACGAAAAUCGAAAGCUUCUCUACGAAUGGAACAUUGAAUGGGAUCGGGUCUAUUGGCAGUGGACGGCCUAUCUCGUCUCACACGACCGCAAGACGAUUGUCAAGCGAACCGUUGCUGCCUUCUCUACCUAGUACAAGCAAUGGUUUGGGUGCAUUUUCUAGAUUUUCCUCUGCAACAACGACGUCCAUAGGUGUUUUGAGUAAUUCUAAUAGUGCCGCGAAUGCAAGUUCAACGAUAAACGGUGAAUUACCGAAAGCAAAUGGCGUUAUCGGAUCUCGUUCUCCUAACAACAACGUCGACACAACAAACAACAAUAUUGCCAAUUCAUCAUCCGUCACCAAGAAAAAACAGUGUGUGAUUUGCUGCUCUGCCCAAGUUGAAGCUGCGCUUGUUCCCUGCGGUCAUAAUUUGUUCUGCAUGGAAUGCGCUCUUAACUUGAAAAGCAAGGACUCCCCUUGCCCCGUUUGCCAAGAGAAGGUCACACAAGUUCUGAAGAUAAUUUCGUGAGAUGUGAGUGUCUAGUUCGUAAGUGUUAUAACGCUAGGCCCUCGUUCACUGAAGUACUAUUGUUAACUUAAACGAUGGUAUGUCAAGUAUGGCAAGUUCGUGCAAAAUUUUAUGUGAAAAGGAGAAUUAUGCUCGUACUUGCACCCAACAUGAUUGACAAUUUACAAAAUCAAUUCAAAAUAUGAAAAAAUAUGGGGCCUAGCGUAGCACAAUAUUAAUUAAUGGAUGCGUCACGACAAUGCAUCGCAAUCUUCACAGAUUUGUAAUCAUCGUUAGGGAUUUUAUUAUCUGAGAGGGAAUUUUGUAUAUUAAGUUUAUCGCACACAUACACACAUGCACAUCACUGCUUCAUUAGUUCACAAACCCGUCCAUUACUCGAAAUACCAAGAAAUUGUGUACAUUGUCAACAAUUGGAAAUAUUUGUCUUCGGUGUGAGUUACGAAUUCAUGUCUUUGUGACGUGCCAAAGCAAGUAAAGGGCUAUGAUUUGUAGGCUCAAAUCGAAGACAUGUAAAUUGUGAUAUGUGUUCCCCGAAGAGUAUUUUAGAUUGCUUAUUUUACUAUACCAGCGAGUGUGUUAUAUAAUGACUGAGAGUAGAUCGUAUUUAUCAAUCGAGUAUUUUACGUCGUAUUAUUGAGAUUUGAAAAGGUCUUUUCAUAUAAAUAUAUAUAUUAUAAGCCCGUUUAUAUAUGCAUCACAAUAAUGAGAACUUGUAAUAUUUGUAUCAUUUAGAGCAUACUAAUUCCAUAGGAUAGAUUCGACACCUAUUCACACAAAGCUCGUAUUAAUAUUUGUCAUUUUAUAUAAUAUUAUAUAUUUAGCGCAAUUCACUUCACAUCAUUAUUGUAGAACUUUGAUAUAGGAUAAAACACACGAAUUAGAGUAAGAUUAUUAAUGUAUAAAUACAUUCAUGAAGGAAAAGAAUUAUUUUUUAUUUUAUGCCCGAAAUACAACUGUGGCAAUGCAGAGAAUAUAAUAAGAAUAGAAUAUUGCAAAAAUUGUAUAGCUUUAUUUUUCUUCAUUCAAAUAUAUACACUAUAAAAGA